UUAACAGAACAUCAUGAUUAAGACACCAUCCCUUGAUCCCCUCAAAGUCCAAAAAGCACCGUUUUUUACGUAAAUCCAUAGGCUAAAAAUUUCAACACACACCCACCAUUUUUAUAGUACUACGAAGUAAUGCCAACAGAGGUUGUAUUCAGAUUUUUCAUGUAGCCAGUAGUAGCCUACCCCCCCUUCUCUCUCUCUCUCUCUCUCUUUCCCAUCCAAGAAUGCCAGAGCCGGGUUUUCAAGAUUUGAGAUCGGGCUUCCGGGCCAGAGAUAUAAGCCCGGAUUCUGUCAUUUUCACUGCUGAAUCCAACUUCAGUCUCUUCUCUUCCGCUUCUGCUAGUGUGGAACGCUGCUCUUUCGCCUCUGAUGUACCUGAUCAAGACUCUGUUGCCUCUGUUGUUUCUCAACAUUUGGCUGGGCAUGAAUUGUCUGAGGUAAUGAGUGGUCCAGAUCCAGAUCCAAACAAAACCACUCUAGUACAAAAGAAUAGCAUUCUCACAAAUUAGAUAGCAGUGAGGCUGAGACGACAGAGGAUGAAAAUAUAGCCAUAGAUUCUGCAAGAAAUUCAUUCUCUCAAGCUCUUAAAGAAUGUCAAGACCGAAGGUUGAGAUCUGAAAUUCUGUUGAAAAAAACAGACCGUCGAAGACCUGCUUCUCUUGAUCUUAACAAUUCUGUGACUAACGUUGUAAACUCCUCCUCACCGAGACUUGGAGCCAUGAAAAAAACUUCUACUUCAACUCGCAGAACUGGUACAUUUCCAAGCCCUGGAACACCUAACUAUCGACACCCGAGUGUUGGGAUUCAAAAAGGUUGGAGUUCAGAACGUGUUCCGCUGCAGACGAGUGCAAACCGGAGGAAUUUAAAUACUGCAUUGUUGCCUUACAAUAAUGGUAGGACUUUGCCUUCGAAAUGGGAAGAUGCAGAGAGGUGGAUUUUUAGUCCUGUGUCAGGAGAUGGUGCUGUGAGAACUUCAUUUCAGCAGCCACAGAGGCGGCCCAAAUCAAAGAGUGGGCCCCUUGGGGCUCCAGGGGUUGCUUACUAUCAAUUGUUUUCUCCCGCCGCACCCAUGUUUGAUGGGGGGAAUACAGGAAAAGUAAUGGCAAAUUCACCAUUUUCCGCCGGAGUAAUGGCUGCGGAUGGAAUGUCAAUUCGAUAUGGAGGCUGUGAAGGCAGUGGAAACUUCCGUGUGGGCACUGAGCCUUGCAUGGCUAGGUCAAUUAGCGUUCAUGGAUGCUCUGAAAUGCUAAGCCAAUCAUUAUUGCCGGGCCACCAGGACGAGAAAUAUGAUGGUACAGAAGAUGCUGCGAACAACAUUUCUCGGGUCGUUUCGAGGAGAGACAUGGCCACUCAGAUGAGUCCUGAAAGUAGCAUCCAGUCCUCACCUAGGAGACUCUCAUCAUUCUCUCUAGCAACUCCGUCUAUCCUACCCGUUGCAGAAUUGCAUAGUACAAAUACCUCAAGACCAGAUAUCAGGGAUGUUCCGGUUGAUGAACGAGUCACGAUGACAAGGUGGUCCAAGAAGAAUAGGGGUAAAACUCCUGGAAGGGGCAGUCGAAAUGCUGAUGACUGGAAAAGGAAAGCUGUGAACAUUCGGUCUGCUAGUUGGGAAGUUUCGGCGGAAACGUCUAAGAGUAUUUCAAAGAUACAGAGGGAGGAAGCCAAGAUUACUGCUUGGGAGAACCUACAGAAAGCAAAAGCUGAGGCUGCAAUAAGAAAACUAGAGAUGAAACUGGAAAAGAAGAGAUCAUCAUCCAUGGACAAAAUAAUGAAUAAACUGAGAUCUGCACAAAAGAAGGCCCAAGAAAUGAGGAGCUCUGUGCUGAACAACCAGGCUGCAAAUCAAAUUUCAAGGCCAUCCGACAAAGCAUUAUCCUUUCGUAGGACUCACCCGAUUGGUUCACUGAGUGGAUGCUUUACAUGUCAUGCUUUCUAGUGCAUCCUAAUGUUAUCUUGGUCAGAAACGGGCUUCAUGAUGUCAGGCACAGUGGAAGUGUGUGCGUAAUGACAUUCCGACUCUGAAUGAAGUUGAUUGAGUCUUGCAGCCCGGAGUAUUUGGGAAAACCUACAGUGGUGUCUGGAAUUCAGGUAGGCUAUAAAAGCAGCAAUGCUUUGGAAUAGUGAUGUUUGUAUUUGUUGUAAUUAGUAUGUAUAUCAAAUUGAGAUGUAUCCAGCCAGAUGUGAAGAAGAGAUCCAUUUAUUCAUAGGUUAACAGACCAGUUAAUCUACCUGCACUCCAGGCCUUUGGGCUGUGUUGUGUUGUUUACCCUUGUAUGUAAUUUCAAUUUCUUGCUCAGCUCAUUAGUACAUGUCCAAACUAUUACCUAUUUAUCACCUCUUAUAUUGUUGUGUGUGUGUGUAUACAUUGUGCCUUUUGUAGUAUUUCAUCUGUAAGAAUUAUUCAUAACGAAGCAAGAGGGCUACGGACAGCUCUAGAAAUCUU